CUUUUGCAGUGCUCACUAUGGCACAGGAUUCGAUCGACUACGCCUGCAUUGACGACGAUGAUCUUUGUCUCGACAACGAGGCGUCGGAGAUUAAUCAAUUACAGCUGGCAGCUCUAAAAGAGCCGCAGGCACAAGAGGAUGUAGAUGAACGUCUGGCCACAGUCGAAUUUCAUUGCAGCGGUUGCAAUAUGCACGAGAUGGUGCAUUACUAUGGACGAACGCCGCCGUUUGCUCUAGGCAUUAAAUUUCGUGAAGACAGCUUUGUGUUACGAGAUCCUUUUCAAGCGCCGCCGCCUCGUUGGCAAUCCAAACCAGAGUUUUACGUAGCAUUGGGCGUAAAGUGCGCCAGCUGUGGGAAAGUUGUGUGCAAGGAUACGUCAUGCAGUUUCUAUUAUACAAAAACCUUUUGCCUGGAAUGUGGGAAGACCGAACUCAAAAAUUGGCCUGUGGAGGCGCAAAGUCGACUUCGAAAGCAGCUGGCGGCCAAAAAACCGUAGCCAUAUAAACUCUGAAUUCUUAGCUAUAAAAGAAGUCUUAAUUAUACAUAUAUAUAUAUACACACGCAUUUUAUUUUCAUUUUUGUUUUUAAAACGGUA